UAAUGAGAUGUUUGCAGCCGGAGAGCAGGGCUGCUGGAGACUAACUGUGAGCUACUAACACACGGUGGAAGAUAGCUUUUGUAAUACUCGGUUCGCAUGUGCUGAAAGUCAUCUGUCUUCUGAGUCAACACUCCUGACCUGGUAGACAACCUGAUCAGGGCUCUGGUGAACAGCUGUAGCACAUCCUCUGCCUGUGAGCGAUUUGUCACCUCAUUCUGUAAGACUGGCACCGGCAGAAAUGCAGUCUCAGAGGACCCCGGGGAGAAAGCGAGGCCGACCCCCACUUCACUCCACACCUCUGAAGAUGGCAGUUCAUACCCUUUAUUCUGCUUCAGGUGGUUCUUCACCAGCAGUGAAGAUACCAAAGAAAAGAGGGCGGAAACCCGGGUACAAGAUCAAGUCUCAGGUCCUCAUGACUCCACUAGCCCUCCUACCUGUACAGAGUACCCCAGAACCCAACCUCAGCUCCAUUCCUCAGGACACAGCCACUGUCCCCAGCCUGGCAGCAGCCCCGCAGACCCUCACAGUCUGCCUCUACAUCAACAAGCGGGCCAACGCGGGGCCCUUCCUGGAGAGGAGGAAGGUGCAGCAGCUGCCUGAGCACUUUGGGCCCGAGAGGCCGGCCGCCGUCCUGCAGCAGGCCGUGCAAGCCUGCAUCGACUGUGCCCACCAGCAGAAGCUGGUCUUCUCCCUCGUCAAGCCGGGCUUUGGUGGCGAGGUGGUGUCAGUCUCGGCGUCCUUUGAUGGCAAACAGCACCUGCGGAGUGUGCCCGUGGUGAACAGCGUGGGGUACGUCCUCCGCUUCCUAACCAAGCUGUGCCGGAGCCUUCUGUGUGAGGACCUCUUCAGCCACCAGCCCUUCCCCAGGGGCUCCAGUGCCUCUGAGAAAGUCCAGGACAAAGAGGAAGGGAGAAUGGAGUCAGCCAAGACUCUGACCGCUGAAGAGUGCCUGGUGGACCCUGCGGGCAUGAGCCGCUCUGGCGUGGACCCCUCUGCCGUCGCCUUUCACCACCGGGGCUCCCUGCCCCCCUCUUCCUCGCUGUACUGCAAGAAGCAGAACUCUGGAGACGGCCACCUUGGGGGAAGCUCUGCCACCACCACUGGUGGUCCCCGCACCGGUCCCAGGACCUCUGAAGGCCCCCCAGCACUUGGGCUGAGGCCCCCAGCCUCCGGCCUCAAGAGAAACGGGACCGAUCUUGAAGGAAACAAAUGUGCCUCAAGCUCUACUCUGGACAGGCAGGAUGCCAGGCGGCCACGGAGCAGGAACCCCUACAACUGGACUGUGGAGGACGUGGUGUGGUUUGUGAAAGAUGCGGACCCGCAGGCUCUGGGGCCCCACGUGGAGCUCUUCAGGAAGCAUGAGAUCGACGGCUAUGCACUACUGCUGCUGAAGAGCGACAUGAUCAUGAAGUAUCUGGGCCUCAAGCUGGGACCUGCCCUGAAACUCUGCUACCACAUCGACAAGCUGAAGCAAGGCAAGUUCUGAAGUCUUCCAAACGCCGGAAGCAACAUCCAGAACAGCAGCUUAUCGAGAUCAUCUUCUGCCUUACCAACAUCCAGCCCACGUCACAAAAUAGAUUCUCCUCUUAAAGUGUAACGGCCACGAAGACUUGCUCUUUUUAUAAAAUGUGUUCAUCUUUGCCUUUUUAAAAACUCAACAUGGCCCUUUUUGAAAGGCCUGUCUUAUGUUAAUGAU